AUGGCGAUGUGCUGGACAGAUCAACACGGCAGACUUGUUUCCCUAUCUGGAGACUCAGAUACGGAGUCGCUGUCGUCGGUGUCGAGUGAGACACUCGCCCAGUUUUAUACGCCCCGCGGCGCUUCCGUGGAGUCAAGUGAUGACUCGGUAACACUUUGUGAGCUGGAGGAGACCGACAAUCUCGAACGAGAAGGCUUUGUGAUGGUGGAGAACAACAAUACAUCACGGGUUGGUGAUGAGAAACAUGGCACUGUGGGUGGCAGGACGUGUGACUGUUGUAGUCACGAUUCUUGUGCCCCGUUGCGGAGGAGCAACUGGUGUGCCCGAGUGUAUGAGCUACAUGAACAGCCGGGUUACUCGAUGAGUCACUUGGAGUGUGAUGACAAGUUGAACGACCAUCUUGGUCGCGAGAGAUCAGACUACGAUUACACCUUUGUCGAAGACAAAGUGAGGGGCGAAACUGAGUAUCGCAUCCUGCUUCGUUUGAAGCCUGGCGUUGCUCCUUUGAGUGAAGACGAGAUGCAACAGCUGGAGUGCGCUUUCCUUGACGGGAGCGGGGAGACUGUAUGGCUCCUUUCCCUUGAGGGGUGUGACCCGUGCUUUUUUGUAAGACCUUUACCCUGCUGCGUGGUAGGCGCUGUGAAGUGUUUGACGUCAUGGGUUGACGUGGCAGAGUCUGAACUUGAGGAGAGUUGUCCCACAUUGUGCAUGGACUUGGUGUGCGAGCUUGGGAACGCGGAUAAAUAUCCCACCGAUGAGUUACGCCGGAAGGUGCGGCGUCUUUGCCGGAGUAGAUCGACCUUGUAG